AGGUAUGGCAAACUACACCGAGAUGAGAGAGGCACCUGCCGACAGCAACGGAACGAGCAACAGCUGCAUCCCAGACAAUACCACCCAGUUCAACCUUACCUUCCACGAACAGUCCCCGGACUUCUACAUUGUCCUUCCGGUGAUCUAUUCUGUGAUCUGUGCUGUGGGUCUGACGGGCAACACAGCCGUCAUCUACGUGAUCCUCAAGGCUCCGAAGAUGAAGACGGUCACCAACAUGUUCAUCUUGAACUUAGCCAUCGCCGAUGACCUGUUCACCCUCGUCCUGCCCAUAAAUAUCGCCGAGCACCUUCUGCACUACUGGCCCUUCGGAGAAAUCCUUUGCAAGAUCAUCCUGUCGAUAGACCACUACAACAUCUUCUCCAGCAUCUAUUUCCUCACCGUGAUGAGCAUUGACCGGUUCCUAGUAGUCCUGUCGACCGUCCGGUCAAAGCGGAUGCCCCACCGUACCUACCGGGCAGCUCGUAUCGUCAGCUGCGGCAUCUGGAUCCUGGUGACGCUCAUCGUUUCCCCCUUCUUCGUCUUCGCCAAUGUCUAUAAAGACGACUUGGACAUCCAGAGCUGCGGUCUCAAUUUCCCGAAGCCGGAAAGGUUUUGGUUCAAAGCCAGCCGGAUCUACACUCUCAUCCUGGGCUUCGCCAUCCCCGUGUCCACCAUUUGCGUCCUGUACACCAUCAUGCUGUACAAACUGCGACACAUGCAUUUGAACUCGAAUGCCAAGGCCCUCGACAAAGCCAAGAAGAAGGUGACGGUGAUGGUCUUCAUCGUCCUGGCAGUGUGCCUUUUCUGCUGGACCCCGUUCCACCUCGCCACCAUCGUGGCGCUGACCACCGACUUGCCCCAAAGCUCUCUCGUCAUUGGCAUCUCCUACUUCAUCACCAGCCUGAGCUAUGCCAACUCUUGCUUGAACCCGUUCUUGUACGCCUUCCUCGACGACAGUUUUCAGAAAAGUUUCAGGAAGAUGGUGGAAUGCCAAGCUGCUUAACAUGUGACUCAGACCUCCCA